GAGAGAGAGGUGGAGAAACAGGUAAAGCAAAGUGACUAUUCAGAGGAAGUGAAGGCGUCUCUCUGUUCUCCACAGCCUGCUGUCCAUUCUUCUGUGAGCGUCUGACUGAGGACAGGUUUGAAGGGAGAGAGCGACGCCAUGGGUGUAAACAAAUGUAUCAAGUACCUUCUGUUCUUCUUCAACUUCCUGUUCUGGGUGAGUGGCUGUAUAAUCCUAGCUGUGUCCAUCUACCUAAAAGUCACCAAGGAUGGAAACAAGAUCACCGACGAGGCCAUCCCUGGUAUCGACCUGAUGAUCUCCAUCGGAGUCAUCAUCAUGGUCCUGGGCUUCCUGGGCUGCUGUGGAGCCAUCAGAGAGAACCGCUGUCUGCUGCUACUGUUCUUCAUCUGUCUCCUACUCAUCUUCAUUCUCCUGCUGGCAGCAGGAAUUGUGGGAGCUGUCUCCGAGAACAAGGCCAAAGAAUGGGUAAAAGAGCAUCUGCUUACAAUGUUGCCCCUGAAGGACCAACCUGCUGACGUCCAGACAGACCUGCAGAAACUAGAGGAGGAGUUUAAAUGCUGUGGGCUGGUCAAAGGGCCAGAGGACUGGGAUGGUUCUGUUCCCUCCUCCUGUUACUGUAAUGACACCAGCCAGCCCUGCGAGAAAGUGGGCUCCCACAGCGUCUACACCACGCCGUGCUCAACAUUCAUCAUCACUUUCAUGGAGAACAACAUGAUCAUUGUCCUGGGGAUCGCAUUCGCCAUCGCCAUCCUCCUGAUCUUUGGCAUGGUUUUUGCCAUGACGCUCUACUGUCAGAUUGGCAGGAAGGAAGGCCCAACCACAGCUUGACAUCUUAACAGGCCAACAUCCUCCACAUGGAGACCAGCUAAUCAGCAACGCCACAUUAAUCUUAGCCUCAACUCCAAAGUAUUCUUGUUCUCAAGUAAAACAUUCAGCUUAAAGAAACACUCGAGCUUUUAGUUGUGUUGAACCAGAUUGUUGGCAGUGUGAUCUGUAUCUAUUUAGUUUAGUGCGCUGCAUGCUAAUGCCUUUGCUAAUAGCAUUAACAGCAUUACAUACCCCCCAGUCAUCCCACAUCACUGCUUGUUCCUGUCACCUGAAAGGAAAUGACCUUGCAACCAUGCCUCCACACACACACCAACAGCUGCGACCCUGAAGUCAGUUUGGAGGGUUAAUUUCUCAUCUGCGUUUUGUUAAAUUGUGUUGUGUUAUUGGAUCAAAUGAAAAGUAAUCGUACAGGAUUGCUGUUAGCUGCAGCGGCUGCCUGUGUACUGCCUGUGUACUGACGUGUACUGAUGCCUUUAAAGUUGACUUACUUGGAAAUAACUUCCCUGCUGUGGUCAUUCUAUAAGCUCUGGAAUAUUCUCAGGAAAACAUCUUCAUGUUCUUAUGUACGCUCUGCUGAAGAUGUCACACGUGCUUUCUUAUUGUGUUCUCUUUACUCGUUUUUGUUUCUGUGUAAACUCAGAAACCUUCCAGGUGCAGUAAAGUGUUUUCUAGUACCAACCUUCCCUUCAUACCAGUCUGCUGAUGUUCAGCUGAUGCUGUUUUUAAAGGGACAUGUUGGUUUGGUUUUCUGGAGGUCAUGUUGGUUCUAGGUUCAGGUCUGUUGAUUUAAUCAGUACAUGUCUCACUCAUCUGAAAAGAAUCUGUACAAUUUUGCUUUUUGCACUUGGAAUCUUUUUGUGGUCGGGUUUAUAAAUAAAGUUGAAUUUUUUUUUUUUUUAAGGCAUUGAACCAAUGAGCUGCUCUGGGGUUUUCUGUCAGGUUUGUUGGUUUGAGGCUGAGAACCGACGAUCAGAUGUGAUGUGGUUUGGAUGUAAAAAGGAAGUGAUUGUAGAUGUUAAACGAUUCAUUCCUAAGUGCUUUUCCGUCCUGCCUUCCUAAAUCUGUUUGCUUUCUGUUCAAUAAAAUAAAAUAUGAUGGUAACUACA